AUGCCCCCCUACCACCCGAUCCUGGGCCACUUCGGCGCGCUGGCCCGGUGCGAGAGGCGGGUGGCGCACGACUCGAGCGUGGACCGGCUGUUCGGCCGGCUGUCCCUCCCCUUCACGGACACGGGGAUGCACUACGUCGACCUCUGGCCCUUCGCGUCCCCGCUGCUGGUGGUGACGUCGGCGGCCGGGGCGGCGCAGGUGCAGCGGCUGGGGCUGGGGCUGCCGCGCGGCGUGUGCGGCCAGCUCGACGUCGUCACGGGCGGCGAGAGCCUCCUGACCAUGACGGGCGCGCGCUGGGCCCGCUGGCGCAGGGCGCUGGGGCCGGGGUUCAGCUCGGGCGGGGCCGCGCGGUUCGUGGGGCGGGCCGCGCGCGAGGUCGGGGUGUUUAGGGACGUGCUGGCCGAGAGGGCGCGGGAGGGGGCCUUGUUUCGGCUGGAGGAUUUGACGCUGAGGCUGACGCUGGAUGUUAUCGGCUCCGUGACGAUGGGCGCGCGCUUCCAGCACCAGGAACGGGACAACCCUGUGGCCGAGGCGCUGAUGACCAUCAUAUCGUGGAACAACUACGAGGCGACCAUGAACCCGCUCACAAAGUACCUGUCGGCCGGGUGGCUGGUGCAGUGGUACAACGGCCGGCGGAUGAACCGGUAUAUCCACGCCCGGAUCGACGAGCAGCUGGCCGGGGCGUCGUCGUCGUCGUCGUCGCCAUGCUCGAAAUCCAUCCUCUCCCUCGCCGCGUCGGCCAUACUGGAAGACGGUGACAACGACGACGACGCCAACAACGACAUUGCUGCAGACUUCAAGGCGGCCAUGACGUCCCACAUCCGCCUCUUCCUCUUCGCCGGCCACGACGCGACCAGCACCACGCUCGUCUUUGCCUACCACCAUCUAACCCAGCGGCCCGAGUGGCUGGCACUGGUGCGGGCCGAGCACGACGCCGUCUUUGGCCCCUCCCCUUCCUCCUCCUCCUCGAAGCAGCAGCAGCAGCAGCACCGCCUAUCAACCGAGCCCGCCCUCCUCAACGCCCUGCCGCGCACGCUAGCCGUCAUCAAGGAGGUGCUGCGCCUGCACCCGCCGUCGUCCAAGAUGACGGAGGGCCGGGACGGCGCCGACCUCGUCGACGGCGCCGGCCGCGUCCUGCCCACUGCGGGGUGCUACGUCUGGGUGCUGCAUGGCAUGGUGCACGUCGACCCGGCCGACUGGGAGCGGCCCGACGAGUUUUUGCCCGAGCGCUGGCUCGGCGGAGCCGCGUACCGCCCCUUCGGCCAGGGCCCGCGCAGCUGCAUCGGCCAGGCUUUGGCCGUCAUGGUGCUCAAGGUGGCGCUGGUCAUGACGCUGCGGGACUUUGACGUCGUGCCCGCCCAUGACGAGUGGAGCAGGCUGCGCGGCGACGGCGGCAGGAAGAAGAGGGCAGAGAGGCCGACGGCGGAGCACCCGAGCGACGGGUACCCUUGCCGGGUGCGGCUGCGGAAAGUCUGAGCUUUCUGCCCAUGUGCCUGCCAUUCAUCUCUACACUUCAUAAUACAUACACCUCGGUACCUAAUUGGACGAUAUGCACAACACCAUAAUAUCACAUCUACUCGGUGAACAUCUAGUCUACUGUCGGUAUCCACAGGCACAUAUGCAACACCCGUCGUGUCUAUAUCAUGUCCAAUGCUCCCUUUGCAAUCGUUGCUUAGUCUCGAUCCGACAUGCAGCUUUCUCUCCCUCUGGCAUU